AUGGGCAGAGCACUGAUGCCACAGCAGGAUGCCGGGGAAAGGGAGCUCCCACCUCAGGGCCCCCUCUGGAGAGCAGGGGGUCCUGCCACGCUGAGGGUCCUGAUCCUCGCCCUGCUCUGGAGGGGGUCCCUGUCCCACCCACCUGGAUUUACCCUGGCGGUGCCGCAGUCGGUGUCCGUGCAGGAGGGUCUCUGUGUUCUCGUCCCCUGCAACUUCACGUACCCAGCCUCGUCUGACACCGGCAAUCCCUCGGACCAGCUAUACGGACAAUGGUACAAGGAGCCUGCUACUGUGGGCCAGGAUCCUCCUGUGGCCAGCAGUCUCCCCAGUGGGGGGGUGUCGCAGGAGACCCAGGGCCGGUUCCAGCUGACGGGGGAUCCAGCGCUCGGCGACUGCUCCCUGCAAAUCAGUGAUGCCCGACAGACGGAUGUGGGGAAAUAUUUCCUUAGUGUUGAGAAAGGCAUGUUUGUACACACUUACCGCUCCAAUUCCGAUGGCACUGCCCCUGCGCUCACGAUCUCCGUGCCAGGGCUGAGAGAGGAGCCAGAGAUCCAGAUCUUGCCGGUGCAGGGGCUGCCAGGGAUGCUGCUGGCCGGGGAACCGGUGACUAUGACCUGCACGGCCCCUGGGCGCUGCUCCGGGCCCCCUCCCCAAGUCACCUGGAUGGGGCCGUUCAGCGACACAGCCCAGAACGUCUCAGCCCAGCUGGCGAACGGCACCUGGACCCACAGCUCCGCGCUCAGCUUCACGCCCACCCUGGGGGAUAAUGGCAAAGAGCUUGUCUGCAAGAUCACAUACUACCCACCACAAGGACCUUCCAUCAGCAGAACCAUCCAGCUCCACGUCGGCUACCCGCCCGGGCCCCCCAACAUCACCGGGAACCUGACCAGGAACAGACGUCCCGUGCCAGAUGCGUGGGGAGCUGAGGGUGACAUUGUGUCUCUGGAGACCCAGGAGGGCGACUCCCUGAGUCUGAGCUGUGAGGCUGGGAGGAGAGCCGAUGCCAACGUGAGCUGGGCCAAGGGGAACGAGUCCCUGAGCCCCGGCAAGGCAAGGGCCGGGCAUCUGGAAUUGCUGAAUCUCAGCCGAGGGGACGCUGGGGAGUAUCGGUGCUGGGCGAAGAAUUCCUAUGGGUCGGCCAGCCGGGCCCUGCGUGUGCACGUGCAGUCUCCAGUGAGCACUCUGCAAAUCGUCGUCUCCAGAGCUAACAGAAACGACCCCCGGCUAUUCCAAUAUCCCGGCACCUUGGUGGCCAAUGGUUCACAGAUCACAGCCCGGGAGGGCGACUCCCUGCAAUUCCUCUGCUCCCUCCCCAGCAUCCCCUCCAUGGUGCUGAGCUGGGUUAUGGGAAGCCGAGCCGCUGGGGGCGCCCGCCCCAUGAGGGUGAAUCAGCUGUGGCUGGAGCUGCCCAAUGUGACGGCUGAGGACAGGGGGCUGUACGGGUGCUGGGCCCAGAAUGAGAGCUCUGCCCAGGGGACGUUCCAGCUGCUUGUCAAGUACAGCCCCUGGCUGGGGACCGGGUUGAACUCGCCCUGCAGGCGCCAGGGGCUCAGCAUCAGCUGCAGCUGCUCCCUGCGCUCUGAUCCCCCACCCCGGCUCCAGUGGCAGGUGGACGGGGAGCCCCUGGCUGGGAACGGAUCACGGGGGGCCCUGCACGUCAGCUCGUGGGCUCAUGGGGAUGAGACUGUUUCUGCCCUGACCUGGACUGGGAAUGGGGACAGGGGCCUCCGGAUCUUCUGCCUUGGCUCCAACCCCCAAGGGAGCUAUGCCGCCAUCCACUUUGAACUCAGCCCCCUGCAGAGAGCUUCGAAGGAUCUUGGCAACCCGGUGAUCAUCGGGACGGCCUGUGGGCUGGGGGUCCUCAUUGGCUUAUUCCUUCUCGGGCUCUAUGUGAUCAAACUGCGGCGCCGGAAGCCGGUGCCCCCCAGUGCCGAGGCCGGGGAGACAGCUAACGGGAGCCAGGCGGAGCACACGGCCAACGAGGCCAGCGUGAUCUACAGUACCGUCACCAGCAUCCCCAUGCGUCACAAGACUCCAGCCGCCCGCCGGACCAAAGGCGACCAGGACAGGGCUGCCACAGCACAGGCCCCAGACGAGCUGCAGUACGCCUCCAUCGAAUUCUCCAAGCUGCAGCACAAACAGGGGGAGCCUUCAGAGGCCCCAGCCAUGGUCUAUGCUGAGGUCCGGCGGAAAUAG